CCUGGUUCAAACUAUCUACGAAGAGUGACAACCAUUUUCACUAGCCGGGUUCAAGAAUUAAUGGCGGACACACUAACUCACUGCAACAAUUAACACCUUCCCAAUAUUCAAACCCUAGAAUUUUGUUUGGAGGUGAGUAAGUUGUUAGCUCUCCCCAAUGGCGGAGCAAAAUUUCAAUGGUGCCAGUGCAGAUGUUAGUCUUCCUCAGAAGCUUAACGAAAUGAUUGCCGAUGGCUCACCGGACUACAAUUCUUGGAGAUCGUUGAUUUUAGAGAUCGUAACUGCAAUUCCAGAGGAUAUAAAUACUAUUUCCUUAGCGUACGACUCGUUUUUGUCAAUAUUCCCGUUGUGUCAUUGGCAUUUGGAGAAGUAUGCGUUUCAAAAGGCGAAGUUGUGCGGCCCUCAAGAAGCUGUUAAUAUUUACGAGCGAGGAGUGGAAACGGCAAUGUUUUCAGUCGGUUUUUGGGUUGACUAUUUUAUGUUUGGCACAACAUGUUUUGAACCUGAGGAAGUCCGUCGAUUAUUUGGAAGAGCUAUAUCAUUUGUCGGAAAAGAUUACUUUAGUCAUGCCCUAUGGGAUAAAUACAUGAAAUAUGAAUUUAAUCAGGAGGGGUGGAGCUUUCUUGCUCAGAGUUACAUCGAAGCACUGAGAUUCCCUACGAAGAAGCUGCAGUUUUAUCAUGAUAACUUUAAGCAAUUUGUCGCCAAUUUGGAAGAGGAAAUAGGACAUGAAAGAAACAACGGAGAGCAGGUCUCUGUUCCUUGUGCUGAAAUAAAAAUAUCCAGUAAAGAAAUCUCUCUCGUCGUCAAGGAUUUGCUAGAUUCUUCCGAUAAGUCCCUCAAAUCAAAAGCACUGGAUAGAUAUAUAUCUAUUGGAGAUCAAUUCUAUCAAGAAGCACGCAAAAUGGACGAGAAAAUAAUGUGCUUUGAGACAAAAAUUGUAAGGCGGUAUUUUCAUGCAACUCCUCUUGAGGAGAAUCAACUGAGUAAUUGGCAUGUCUAUCUGGAUUUCAUUGAGACGCAAGACAAUUUGGACACGGCGGUUAAACUGUACGAGAGAUGCUUGAUUCCAUGUGCGAAUUACCCUGAAUUUUGGAUGCGUUAUGUGGAGUUUCUGGAAAGUAAAGGAGGGCGUGAGAUGGCUAUUUCUGCUCUAAAUCGAGCAACUCAAACAUUUCUAAAGGAUGUGGCACAAAUACAUUUGUUCAGUGCAAGGUUUAAGGAGCGGAUAGGAGAUAUCAAUGGUGCUCGUGCUGCACUGAUUCUUUGUGAUACAAAAAUUGACUCCAACUUCAUUGAUAACAUCGUAACCCUAGCUAACCUCGAAAGACGUCUGGGAAAUAAUGAAGCAGCUUCUGCUACGUAUGAGAAAGCACUAAAAAAGGCGAGGGAGGCACAAAAGCUACAUGUUCUUCCCACUUUGUAUUCUCAAUUCGCCCGUCUCACCUUCUUGAUAACAGGUAGUGCAGCAGUUGCUAGAGAUGUAUUAAUCGAAGGCGUGCGACAAGUGCCUCGUUGCAGAUUCCUCUUAGAGGAAUUGAUCAAAUUUGCAAUGACUCAUGAAGGUGAAAGACAAGUACAUAUUAUUGAAACCGUAAUAACUGAUGCCAUUUCUAAUGGAUUAGACGAGUACGGAGUUUUGAAUGCCAAAGAUCGAGAGCAAAUAUCAUGCUUGUUUUUAGAGUUUGUCAACCUUUGUGGAACUACUCAUGAUGUAAGAAAGGCUUGGAACCGUCACAUUAAACUGUUUCCCCAGUUCCUAAGAAAGCACUUUACAUCACAAAAUUACUCGAUAGAUUUAGUCAAGGACCAAACACGAAAGGUAUUGCCUCAGAGGGACCAAAACGAAAAUGCUGAGGAAACUGUCGAAGUGCUGUCUACGAAAGCUGUUGUUUUGUCCGAUGAAGAUGCAGUUUGUCAUAAUCUCUCGAACCAAUCUAUAGAGAAACCAACAAAAAUGGACAUUAGUGAUGAAAUAGCCAAUAAACAGCAGUCCAACGGAAAUUCUUUGAGCCCUCACGAGUCAAUUCACGAGGCUGGAAAGUCAACGGAAACGAGCGAGCCAAUUGAAGCCUCUCCCGCUGCUAAUUUAGACCAUCCAGUUUCUUUGGACAAGAUUUCCUUGAAAUCUCCGGAAAAGGAACCACCGUUUCAUAGUGAACCGACAAAAAUACACAGAGAUCAAGAACAGCCUUCGCAACCAGGGGCCGUUGAGGAAAAUAAAGAAACUUCGGGGACUGUUUCUGCAAUAUCUUAUCCUCAACAAGAACAGCAGAGCAUGGCUAUGAACCAGAUGAUGCAGUAUUAUUACCAACAGCAGCAAUUAUAUCAGCAGCAACAGCAGCAGCAACAAAUGUACCAGCAGCAUCCUUACUACCAAAUGCAGCAGCCUUAUUACACGAAUCAGCAAACCAAUCAACAGCCGACACAUCAGCACCAGCAAAAUCCACAAUCUCAGGACAUUGCUUACCAAUUAGCGUAUCAACAAAACGUAACACAAGGGCAGCAGCAGCAGCAACAGCAGCAGCAUAUGCUUUGGCAGCAGUACCAGCAAUAUCCGGGCUAUCAGUACCAACAGUACCCGAACGAAGGGCCUAUCCAAAAUCAGCAUCAAAUAGUCAUUUCGAAAGAAAUUCCAGCUGAAAAUGUUUCGAAAACUUCGGCCCCGGAAUAUGAUGGUGCAUCAAGACUUUCUGAAUCUCCACAUCUUAAGGUUCAAUCACCUCAUUAAUGGAUCUUGAUUAUCUAUUUACAAGUAAUAAAUAAUUAAAUCAAAAAAGGGUUUAGUAUAUUUGCCAAUUUGUUUUUCAGUAAUCUAUUUAUCUUGUUUAGUGAAAUAUUUAAAUCUUUUCUGAUACUAUAUCUAACGAAUUGCAUUAUAUGUAUAAUAUUGUGCUGCAAUUAUUACAGCAUUUGGACUUU